AUGGAGAAUCCAUUCUUCGCUAACCGCCGUUUUUACCAGCAACCGGAUCACACCCGCCGCCCUUUUUCCCGCAACCCUUCGUUCCGUGGAGUGCCCGUUUACCCGAUCCGAGAAACCCCUCAACCCGCCCGACCCGUUCAGCGCCCGUCGGAGCCGAAAGUUGUUCGGAUUCCGGUUCAGUUCGUCGGAUCUGAGAAACCGGACCGUCGGGUUUCCGCUUUGAAGAUACAGAAGGUUUUCAGGGGCUUUUUGGUCCGGAAAUAUUUGAAGAAGAUCAAGGAUAUCAAGGUACAGGUGGACGAGAUUGGAGGAAAGCUGUCGAACGGCGAAAUCGUGGAGUUGGUGAGAAGGAAUGAGAAGGAGCGGCUGAGAUUGAACGAGGGUUUGAUGUCUCUGCUGAUUAAGCUGGAUUCGAUUAGCGGACUCGAUUUCGGGGUUAGGGUUUGCAGGAAAGCCGUGAUUCGUAAGGCGAUCGCGUUGCAGGAGAGGCUAGAUGAAAUUGUUGCCCUCGAUUUCGAGGGUAAUGGUGAGAGCGGUGGUCCGAUUGAAAAUUCUGAAAUUGGGGUUUCUAUGGAGAUUGACGACGAAAAAUUGGGAAAUUUGGAGGGUUCUGUUGGCGAUCAAGAGGAUUGUGGAGAUGAUGAUGUGAUUGAUGUUGGGGUUGAUUGUGAGGUGAAAGUGGGGGGAGUCGUUUGUGUUGAUGAGAAUCUCGAUUCGGUUGAAGAGAGUGCGGAGUGCGUGAAGGAGAGAUUUAGUGAGAGAGAUGAGAGAGAGAAGGCUAAUGGUGGAAACGACGAUAGUACUAGAAAUAGGGAGAUGAUGGAGAAGUUGAUGGAGGACAACGAGAAGAUGAUGAAAUUGAUGAUGCAGUUGCUCGAGAAAAACGAGUCCCAGACGAAAGUGCUGAACGGGCUGACGCACAGAGUUGAGUUGUUGGAGAAGGCUUUCUUGUGCGAAAAGCUGAGGAAGAAGAAGAAGAAGAUGGCAAAGGGUGGUGCUGCUUGUAGAGAGGAAUGA